CUCUCUGUCUCUCUGUCUACCCACUCAGUGGCAGUUUCCUAGAGCUCUCUGUCCCCUCUGGAGCCUCAGAAGAUCCUUCUUUCAGAAGUCACUACCAAGAGUCCUGAACAGGAGCCACCAUGCAGUGCUACAGCUUCAUUAAGACCAUGAUGAUCUUCUUCAAUUUUCUCAUCUUUCUCUGUGGUGUGGCCCUAUUGGCAGUGGGGAUCUGGGUGUCAGUCGAUGGACCAUCCUUCCUGAAGAUCUUCGGGCCAGCAUCAUCCAGUGCCAUGCAGUUUGUCAACGUGGGCUACUUCCUCAUCGCAGCUGGGGCUGUGCUCUUUGCUCUUGGUUUCCUGGGCUGCUAUGGUGCUCACACGGAGAAUAAGUGUGCCCUCAUGAUGUUCUUCUUCAUCCUCCUCAUCAUCUUCAUUGCUGAGGUUGCAGCUGCUGUGGUCGCCUUGGUGUAUACUUCAACGGCUAAGAACAUCCUGACAUUGGUGGUAGUGAACACCAUUGAGAAUGAAUAUGGUUCCCAGAAAGAUUUCACCCAAGUGUGGGACACCACCAUGGAAGCGCUCAAGUGCUGUGGAUUCAACAACUACACAGAUUUUGAGAACUCUCCAUACUUCAGAGACCACAAAGUCUUUCCCCCAUACUGUUGCUCUGAUGUCAAUAGCACAGUCACGGAAUCCUGCACCAAGAAGAGGGCCGAGGAGAAAGCUGUAGAGGGUUGCUUCAAUCAGCUGCUGAGUGACAUCCAAACCAAUGCAGUCACUGUGGGUGGUGUGGCGGCCGGAAUUGGGGGCUUGGAGCUGGCUGCCAUGAUUGUGUCCAUGUAUCUGUACUGCAAUUUGAAAUAAGUCUACUUCUGCCUCCGCCACUGCUGCUGUUACACAAGAACUGGGAAGAAGCACCCUGGCACUGCAGGAGGCUGUGAUCAGGGUGGGGACAGGAUCUAACAGUGUCAUUUGGGCCAG